GAGCGCGAUGACCUCAUCUUCUUGCGACACGUGACAGCCCAGCUGUAUCAAGUACAUGUGAACACUUUUGACCCUGAGUGUGAGUUUAAAGUGAAACAACACACAGUGGGAUCAUGUCUGUGGCUUUAUCGCGCUGUCUCUGCAGGGUUUUAUCCCGACAGACCGCUCCGUCAAGCUUCCUUUUGGGAGAACAUCAUCAUGCUGUACAGAGUCCUUGGUUUGCACCAGUGAUGACACUGAAGACAUCUGCUCCACUGAGAGCGGAGCCCAGAAAGAAGAAGAAGGUGGACCCAAGAAGGGAGCUGAUGAUGAGAGAGAGGAUGAGAAAGAAGCUGAAGAAGCUGGAGAAGGUUCCACCUGAGCUUAUCCCCAUAGAGGACCUCAUCACUCCAGCCAAGUGCUUGGAUGAAACAAGGGAACGCUCUGCACCAAGGCUGUCAUUUGAAGAAAGUGAGGGUCGAGCCCUGCUGCUGAAGGAGUGGUGUCGAUACAAACAGGAGCAGCACAUGGCUGAAGUGCAGUCUGUUGAACUUGCUCUAGAAGCACAGAGGGAGGCGCUGGAGGAGCUGAAGUUAGAGUCUGAGGCGCUGUAUCAGGCGGCGCUGAAGCCAGACCCCCUAAUGUUUCCCUUCAGUCAUGAAGGUCCUGCCUACACACCGCCUAGGACCACUUAUGAAGCUCCUGAUGGGAAAUACAACAACAUCACUAAAGUUUACACACAGUGAUGGACACUGUGGGCUGUAGGUGCAACCUGUGUGUACCGUCAUGUAUUUACUGUCCUUGUUUGUAGAUGAUUCAAUAAGCCAACAUGCAGCCUUUUAACAGCCUGCAUGUGUGGGUGUGAAGGACACUUUGCAAUGUUUUUUCUUUAAUGUACAGUCACCACAUUUCAUGUCUGUAUCAAAUGCAACAACAUUCAUGGAAAUUUUGCAUUGAAUUGUUUUUUCUCCACAUGCACUUCACUGUAUAAAAAAACAUAACGGAAGAAAGUGGAAAAUAAAAAUACUUUUUUUUAUUGA